CUCAGUGCCGGACAGCUGUACAGCGUCGCUCUCGGGGCGGCAGCGCCGUGCCGCCAUCACUGCGUCUACACGGAACGGCCAUGUAAAGCAAGUUGGGCUAGCACAAUGUCAUGUGCGAGCUCCGUGCUGCGCUGUGCUGCGCUCCUCUCACUGCACGCGGUUCAGUCUGAGUUCUUCCCCGGUCGCGCGACCCCCUCCAAGUGGAUCCCCUCCUAUGCGGGGCCGUUUGUCCUCUACAUGGACCGGAUGUACAGCUGCCCAACGCCCAGCAACAAGGAGAACAUGUUCGAGGUGCACAUCAGGCCGUCGCACUUUAGGACCCCGUCCCUCGUGCAGACGACUUUGCAGACCAUCAGCGGCAACUGCACCUGGAAGGCCGUCGUGGACGAUACAUGGGCGGGCAAUUUGAAGUCGGAUGUGUGGACCAACAAUCAAUGGAAGGAGAACUCGAUUUUAUAUCGCAUUCCCAAGGCCUUUUGUUCUACGGUGCGCACUAAUUUUCCUGGGUUGUACGAAACGAUUUAUCAAGCUAAUGCGUCGAGCAAUGAACCUUAAAGUAAACAUCUUUGAUAAUACAACAAUUAAUUGGACUCUACCCAACUUUCCGCUUCUUCC